UAAAAGGAAUUCAGUUCUACUUUCCAAAGUGCAGAGCAUACUGGGAAAUUUUUAGAAGAUAUUGAACAACAGCAUGUUUAAAUCAAUUAACUGCAAAUUAAAGCACCACUAAGAUACCAUUUUAAUGUUCUCUGCAUGCUGCUUCUUUUUUCUAAAUAUAUAUAUAUACGUAAACACAUAGCAUUGCUAACUGGCCAGAAAAAGAAAUCAACGUGCCCAGCUUGUGUGCAGAUUUGAUCUGCAGAAUUCAGCUGGUGAAGCAUUUACUGACAGGCACCUAAAUAUUAUGAGAGUGUGGUGUAGAGAUUGGAGAAUUCUCACCACUUGCUUCAAACAAUUCCAGGACUGUGAGGGGCAGAGCCAUGGCAGAGUGGGGAAGGGACCCUCACUCAGUGACAGAACACAAGGUGCAAUCCUUGGGCUUCCUGUUAGAACCCAAUAGCAGGAGCAUUGAAAAAAUACUGUCCAAGACCUCUGGCAGCGUAGGUGAACAUGGGCAGAGUUUGACAAAAAGUCUGACCCUAUAUAAGGCUACCUAUAUUAAGAAAUGAUGGUGUGUUUGUCUGGCCAUUGCUUUAUAGCAGUUAAGCUUAGCCAGCCACGUUGGGCAGAAGAUUCCUGCAUCACAGGCAGUUGGACUAGAUGACCCUCAGGAUCCCUUUCCAACUCUACACUUCCAUGCACAAAACAAAGGAGUCUGUAUACACAUAAAUUUAAUUUAUAACGUUCUUUUUUUUAACCAGACCUUUGGAUGAUCUGAUUGACAUCCUAUGCCCUUUUAAAAUGUGGCUUCUUUUUUGGGGGGGUGUUAAUUGGGUUGUUUUCAUUUUGAUUUUUUAUAUAUUGUGGUUUUUAUGUUGAUCUUUUCUGUGAACCUCUGGGUAUAGGGCAGUAUAUAAAUUCAACAACAACAACAAUGCAAUUGCUGCAAAUCAACUGGGUAUAGGGCGGUAUAUAAGAUAGAUAGAUUAGAUAGAUGGAUGGAUGAUGCUGAUGAUGCAAUUGCCGCAAAUCAAACCAACCAGUAAAGCAAGAAGGUGUGUGAGCGGUACAGAUGCAAUGCAAUUCUUUAUCUAAAACGAAACAGAAAAAGAAGCAUCCGAGUCAAAUCUUAAUUUUAAAUUUUACUUCCAAAAUAGAUUUCUCGAAGGCUGGGGAUGUAUUCCCUCGGCGUUCUUGCAAUGGGCUUUAAUCGCACAGAAAUCCCUUGCAACCGCGGCUUGAUCGGCCUCGCUGUUAUUUUUGCCCCACCACGGUAUUACGGUAGAAGGGCGGGAGGUUUCGUCGCGCCGGAGUUUCCCGCGCACCCUUUCCCCGCAGGUAAAUGCAAGAGCCGGAGGCCGCCGCGCGUUGCUUCCUCGUGCCCCCCGUCACGUGACGCUUCCAACGUCACCGGCCGAGGAGAGGGAAAGACAGCGAGGGGGGGGGAAGUUGGCCGCCAUUUUUUCUCCCUCGACGGACGAUGCGGCGGAGCCUUCGCCCCGCAGCCGGGACCUCGCUGGCGCUCCUCGCGCUGCUGUACGGACCCCUGCUCGGAGCUCUGCCCUCCAAGGUCCCCGGACUGCCCGCACAUGAAUGCGGAAGAAGGCCUCUUGUGGAUGAGAAAGCAGAAGGACCUCGGAUUAUAGGUGGACAUGAUGCUCAGCUUGGGGCUUGGCCAUGGCAAGUUAGUCUGCAAGCUCAACCCGCUGCUGGAGAAUCUUUUUACCAUAUAUGUGGUGGAUCUUUAAUUAAUAGCAACCUAGUGCUGACAGCAGCACACUGCGUUAAAGUAACUAUGAGUCCAGAAGCUUGGAGGGCAGUGAUUGGCUUGCAUCAUCUGUAUAAACCCCACUCUCGUACUGUAAUAAAGAAGGUCAGCACUAUCACAAUCCAUUCUGACUUUGAAUGGGGAACCUUUGAAAAUGAUGUUGCCUUGUUUCAACUUGCCAAGUCUGUCAAGUACAAUGACUAUAUUCAGCCCAUCUGCUUACCUGACACUUCUCCUCCCCUGUCUAAUGAGACCUCGUGUUACAUAAGUGGAUGGGGAAGCACAUAUGAAGAGGGCAAAGCUGUACGUACAUUACAAGAAGCUCAAGUCAACAUUAUUCCACAGCAAAUCUGUAACAGAUUUGAUUGGUAUGCUGGGGCAGUAUCAUUGAAUAUGCUUUGUGCUGGUACUGCAAACGGGAGUGUCGAUAGCUGCCAGGGAGACAGUGGUGGUCCUCUGAUGUGUUCUUUCCUAGAGGACAAGUAUUAUCUGAUAGGAAUCACCAGCAGUGGUGUUGGUUGUGGCCGACCACAAUUACCGGGAAUCUAUAUCCGUGCAGCAAAUUACAGAAGUUGGAUUGAUUCACAUGUAUUUGACAAAACCACCACUACACCCUGUGAGGUGGGUGGGGCUGAGAGACUUCAGAGAAGUGUGACUAGCCCAAGGUCACCCAGCAGCUGCAUGUGGAGGAGCGGAGACGCGAACCCGGUUCCCCAGAUUACAAGCCUACCGCUCUUAACCACUACACCACACUGGCUCUUCAGCAGGAGUUGCCAGUCCUUUCAACUGGAAAAUCCCCCAGAACUGUCUGGAAACCAGCUGGAUCUAUCAGACCAUCCUAAUAGAUCCUGCACAUUUUGAUGGUAAUGUGGAACCAGGCCACUUGUAGAUGAGGCCUCAGAGGAAGGACGGAUUGUAGGUGGACGUGACACUGAACCUGGAAGAUGGCCUUGGCAAGUUAGUCUUCAAGUUUACCGUACUAAUGGA